AUGUAAUAAUUAAGUAAAGAGCUGAAUGCUUUAAUUAGUAAAGCCAUUCAAUUCAACACUAAAUUAGAUCCUUUUACAACAAAUGAAUUAUUUUUAAAGUGGAAAAGUAUUAGCACUAAUGAGAUUGAUAAUAUCAACUAAUUUAUUAAUAUUGGAAUAGACAUAGUGAAAUUAUAAAAUAGAUAUUCUAGAAGUAUUAAAAAAUCUUAUACAUUACUAAAUGAAUAUAUUUAAAAGUAUUCAAAAGAUCUUGAGAAUAAAACAUGUGGAAAUUACUUAAGUUUAGCAAGGACAACUCAUCUUAAUGAUCAAUUAAGUUUAUAAUUUAUUUAUAAUCAAAUGAAGGUUGAUUCUGAUAUAGAAUUUUCUAUUUUAAAAUAUUGUGCUGAUUUAUAAUGUAAUGAUAUGGAGCUUGUAUCCUAAUUAAUUGAUAAUUUACAUAACAAAGUAGAUGCUUAAUUAUUGAAUUAAUAUUUAUACUGUUUAUUUGUGUUAUUCCCUCAUGAUCAAAGUUCAUUACUUAUUAAUUUGAUUAAAGAUAAGAAUAUAUUAGAAAUAACUCCAUCUAAUUUUUUAUUAUUAUCUGAAUUAUAUUAAAAUAAGAAUAUACCAAUUCCUGAUAGUUGGAAGAUAGGAGAUUAAGAUUCAACAUUAUAAAAGAAUAAGUAAUCACAUUUAUAGAAAGAAGUAUAAUUAUUUUUGAAUAUGGUUAAUUUACCUUAUGAAUAGGAGAAACUAAUUGAUGAUCUUUAUUAAAUAGAUUUUUUCUUACCUUAAUUUAAUUAGAUUUUAGAAGUAAAUGGACCUUAACAUUAUGUAUAUGAUAUAGAAUAAAAUAAUUGUAAUAAUAUAUAUAUAAAUAUUUAUAGCUAAGAUUUUUACAGGGAAACAUUAUUAUAAAUAGAUGUGUUUAUCAGCUUUAGGAUAUGAUGUGAGAAAUAUCUGUUUCUUAGAUUUUUAUAAAGCAAGGGGAGUAACAGCAAAAUUAAUAUAUUUGAAAUCUGUAUUAGAGUGA